AUGCGAUGCAUGCGGUGCAUUGCCGGUCUCGCACAAUACAAUAUGCUCACUGAACGGGACUUUGACUUGAGAAGCCGAAAACUAACUACCACCUCUUUGCAUCCUUCGGGAAGGACCGUUCUCGUCACUAAUUAUACAAGUAUUGCAUCCGCCGAUCGGUCCUCGCCAGCCAGUGGCAAUGUCUGGAACCCCACGACCCUCCUGCGCUCAAUCUGCCGCGAUGCACGACCGUGA